AUGCCUAACUUCCAGCCAUCGAAACGCCAGAUAUGGGGACUGCGGCGAAAUUUGAACCAGUUUUGGGAGAGAGUCACUAGAAGAUUUCGCCAGAAUCUUGAAUUUUCCUGCCAGGCGCCUGUAGAUUCCUGGGAAGAUUGGAAUGAGCUUAAUCCAGAUUCCGCUUCCCCGAAUCCAUACGAUGCUAUCGCUACAGCGCAAGCCGACGAAUCUACUGGAAAAUACCUUAUGUGUAGGAGAGGAAAUAUCGUAGCGGAAACGAUGGGUUUACCCACUCAAAACUUCUGGGAACAGGUGACUGUCAUCAAAGGGCCGACGGAUUGUGUCAACUUCGAUCAUGGCUUAGGGAGGCCUCGAGAGUCAGUCCUGUUACCAGAGUCGCCGUAUCAGACGCAGGCUUCCCAUGUCCCGCAUGCUGUCUUGCGCCUUCAAAAUAACCUUCCUUCGGUCAAUGGACGUGAUCGACCUAUAGGAAUUACGGGUGAUCUGCCGACAAUCGAGUAUGCGCCUGGGUUCCCAGAUGACCUUCAGGGGCUGCUGUGA